AUGACCUACACGUAUGUGAUCACGUUCACACAGACCUACACGUAUGUGAUCACAUUCACAGAGACCUACACGUAUGUGAUCACAUUCACAGAGACCUACACGUAUGUGAUCACGUUCACAGAGACCUACACGUAUACGAAGAGGAAGGACUUUACCGCGGCCUCUGUGACCAUGAGCUCUGUCAUCUGUGAAGCCCAUUUCAAGAAAGAGGACUAUCUAAGUGGAGAUCUGAUGGAAAUGGAGAUGGGCUUCAAAAGUCGAAACAAUAUUUUGAGUGAAGAUGAUGAAGCUCUUACAAAAGAAAUCAUGAAUGAACCCAAUGAAGACUUUACCACUGAUUCUUUGCCAAGAACUAUCGAUCAGGCUCUACAGUGCAACAUAAGACUUCCUUAUCGUUCAUCCGGUGUCCAGGUGAAGCCUACAUUGAUAAGUAUUGGCACUCAAACUGAAGAGGAUAUUCAUUCCACUACAACGGCCAUCAAUCAUGUGACCUCUACACCUGUGAAGAAUGAUGAGGAGGAUGAGCAGUCCUCCUUUGAUUUUGAUAGUCAUCAGUGGGACAGCUCUUGGAGCAUUGAGGAGGAGGAAAUGGACACUGAUACAUCGGAGGAAGAGGCACAGGACGAAGAACAGAGAAAUACAAAGACAUUCUUUCGACACCAGCAACUAUACACGAUCCCCACCAUCAUUGGAACGUGGAAGAACAAACAAGCACAAAUUCUGAACCAACUGAAGGCCAAAGAGGGAGGGCUUAUUCUUGCUGGCGACUGCAGAUCUGAUUCACCGGGGCAUUGUGCUAAAUUUGGAACAUACACCGUAAUUGAGGAGAGGAUAAACAAAGUUUUGGACCUUCAACUUGUUCAGAGCUCGGAAGUACCCAAUAGUAAUUGGUGUGAAUUGGAGGGACUAAAGCGGACCAUCAACCUUCUUUCUAAGGAGAAAAUUAGUGUCUCUACGCUUGUGACUGAUCGAAAUCGCCAGGUGGCCAAGUGGGUGCGUGAGAAGCUAUGUCCAGAAGGCACAAAACAUUUCUUCGAUAUUUGGCAUGUUAGUAAAGGUUUAAAGAAGGCUUUGGAUGCUGCCUCUAAAGAGCAACACUGUGAGGAUCUCGCCCUCUGGAAAGCUGCAGUUAUUAACCAUCUUUACUGGACUGCUGCAUCCACACCUGAUGGCAAUCCUGAAGUGUUGGAGGCAAAGUGGACUAGUUUGGUGAACCAUGUCCAGGACAUCCACACUCACAAGAGCCCCUGGUUUCCAGUCUGUGCUCAUCCUCCUCUGGAAGGAGAAACCAGAGAGAAGCAGUGGCUGGAACCAGGAUCCCUGGUAUCCAUAAAGCUGGAGAGCAUGGCGAUGCGGCCGAUGUUUGUUAAAGAUGUGCGACAACUGUCGCCCUCACAUCAGACCUAUUCACUUGAGGCGUUCCAUGCGCUCAUUCUCCACUUUGCACCGAAACACACUGGGUUCUCCUUCCUGGGCAUGUAUAGCAGGCUUCUUCUUGCUGCCCUUCACUUCAACCAUAACAGCAACAGAGAAGUUCUGCGAUCUGACGGUGAGGUCCGCCAUCAAGUACGGUACCCACGGUUUAUGAAGGGUACUGCAGUGGUCCGUCCAAUGAAGGAGACUCCGUCAUAUGGUUUGCAUCAAGCGUAA